AUGGCAUCGCAAGCUCUAGCUGCAUCUGCGGUGUUGAAAGAAUUCUUGUCGAUAUUGCAUUGGGCAACCGCGCGCGGUUCAAGAGGUGAUGAGGAGGCGAGAAGGGGUAGGAUCGCAACAAGGGCGGUAGAGAAUCUGACCAUUUCGAUGGAUUGUGCCGGGAUGCUAUUGUACGGGGACUUGCACCAAAAAAACGUGGUUGGAGACAAGGCGACUAAGACAAAUGGCCCCGAUCUUGAUGAUGUGGAGGCCACGUGGUACACGUGUGCAUGCAGAUGUACAAAUCUGCAUGACUGA